CCGCCCACAUGCGCUCUCCCUCUCUCCUCGAAGCCCCGUUUAUUUAUUCUCGCCUCUCCUCGUUCCCCCAUCCCAUCCCAUCCCAUCCCAUCCGUCUCUCUCUUCUCCCUUCCUUCGAUUGCAGUCCAUGUCCGAGGAACAGUAGUUAGUUCACUGCACAACACCACCGCGCCAAUUAGUUUGUUAAGUUAGGAGCUUGUGAUCAGGGCAGCAAGGCGAGAAGCUGAAGCUCUAGCUAGCUCUGGCGGGCAUGUUUCCGGCGGAGGCGUCGUUCGCCGGCGCGGAAGCGGCCAUGCUGCCGCCCUUCUUCGUGGGCUCCAUGUGGCAGUCGGCGCCAGGCGGCGGCGCGGCUGCCUUGUCCGAGGAGGACGAGGUAGCCGCCGCUGCGGCUGCCGAGGCAGCGCACGACCGCGCGGUGGCGGCGACGCGGAACCACCGCGAGGCCGAGAAGCGCCGCCGCGAGCGGAUCAAGUCGCACCUCGACCGCCUCCGCGCCGUCCUCGCCUGCGACCCCAAGAUAGACAAGGCAACGCUGCUGGCCAAGGCGGUGGAGAGGGUGCGGGAGCUGAAGCAGCGCAUGGACGGCGUCGUUGGCGAGGCGGCGGCGCCGGCGAGCCACCUGUUCCCCACGGAGCACGACGAGAUCGUGGUGCUCGCGUCGGGAGGCGGCGCCGGCGGCGCGGCGGCCGUGUUUGAGGCCUCCGUCUGCUGCGACGACCGCUCCGACCUCCUCCCGGGCCUCAUCGACACGCUGCGCGCGCUCCGCCUCCGCACGCUCCGCGCCGAGAUGGCCACCCUCGGCGGCCGCGUCCGCAACGUGCUCGUCCUCGCGCGCGACGCCGGAGGACACGCCGACGACGACUACUCCACAUCCUCCGAGGACGGCGGCGCCGACUUCCUCAAGGAGGCCCUGAGGGCCCUCGUGGAGAGGCAGGGGGCUGCCGCCGGCGACCGGCCCAAGAGGAGACGCGUCGCCGACAUGAACAUGCAAGCGGCUGCUUAAUGAAUCAGCUAGCCGGCCGGCGGCCAUAGCUCAUAGUAUCUGGUCGAUAUGAUUGCAUAUGGCGAUGGAUCUCAUGCAUGCCAUGGUAAUGGUACUACUACUACUACUAUACAGCGUGUUAAUUUGCUUUCAAGGUUAAUUAGUUUUGUGUGAUGGUUAAUUAGUUCCAAUUCUCCAUAUAUACCACUAUAUGGCUAGCUAACUCUCCUUGGUGAUGCCAAUAUGCCAUGUAUAAUUAGGGAUAUAUAUAUAUUACUACUCUUUUACCAUUAGGGUUUGCUUGAGCUUUAAUCAAAUGUUGCUUCAAAGCCAUGGCAAACCCAGCCCCUAAAAUAACAGUUAAUGUCAGAAUAUAUGCACAAUGCAAAGUUCCA